AUGAAUACAAAUUAAUAAAGAGUUCAAAAAAAUAGUGCUAAUUCAGAAAAUAUACGUAUAUAUAUAAGCUUAAAAAGAGACAGUAACGAAGAAUUAAUUGAAAAUCGUAAAUUAAUUUUAAUGACUCCAAGUAAUAUUAAAAUUUCUAUGCUUAAAAGAAUAGUUGAGCAAGAGUUUUCGGAUUUAUUUCCUAAUGAGCCAACUUUUAUAUGCGCUAAAAUAUAAGAUGAAUAUGGUUAUUCGCUUUCAAAUAGUAGCUAUAUAUUUGAAUUAGUCAAAAAUAAUGACCGUCUAAUAGCCAUUCCAGAAAAAAUAGGUUCUGAUAUGGGAACUUUUAUAUUUAUUAAGAAGUAUGUAACAGAAUAUAUGUUCUAAAUUGACAUAAUCUAAUUUUAAUACUAUUGA